CCAGCCUAGCCGGCGUGGUCGCGGGGCCUCGGCGCGUCCCUCCCGCCCGUCCCCGACGGCUUCUGGACACCCAAGGGGCCGUGACAGGUGCUUGGGCCACCUUGCCCAGGCGAGCCCUGGACCCGAGCAGGUUCACUGAGCAGCGUCUGGGGCAGGAUGCUUCGUGCCGGUUCCCAGGGGCCAGUUUGCUGAGUUCCCGUCCUUGCGGGUCUGGACUGCUGAUCUUUUAGCUUCUCUGGACCAGUCCGUCAAGGCACCAAGGGCAACCGGCUGGAAGUACGGCCACGAGCCAUUUUCGGGACCAUUUGCCACAGGCGUAAAAACCUCUAACCUGCUACGAUGCUGAAACAGAUACUGUCAGAGAUGUACAUCGACCCUGACCUCCUGGCGGAGCUCAGCGAAGAGCAGAAACAGAUCCUGUUCUUCAAGAUGCGGGAGGAACAGAUCCGGCGAUGGAAAGAAAGAGAAGCGGCCAUGGAAAGAAAGGAGUCCUUGCCAGUGAAAUCCAGACCAAAGAAAGAGAAUGGCAAAUCCGUGCAUUGGAAGCUGGGCGCUGAUAAAGAAGUGUGGGUGUGGGUGAUGGGCGAACACCAUCUAGACAGGCCCUACGACGUGCUGUGUGAGGAGAUCCUGGCGGAGCGAGCGCGGCUGCGGGCGGCGCAGGAUGCGGCGCUCAGGAAAGCUCAGCCAGAAGAAAUCCCCGACAGCUUGAAACCAAAACCUCAGGCCUGUGAUCUGCAAGUGCCAAGGAGGUGGGAAGGUCGGACUGUCCCUGGGAGAGCCGCAGCGGAGGAGGGGUCGAGACAAGCCGCCGCAGUGGCAUCCAAAGAGGAAGACGUGUCCCACAAGAAAGAACCUGCGAAGCAAAAACAAGAUGAAGAAGCAAAAGCAGCAGAUGACGAGAAAGCCAAGCAGACGUACAGGAGCUGGAAGGAAGACUCGGAGUGGCAGGAUUCCUUGCGAAAAUCCAAAGCAGCCGACGCGAGGAGACGCUCCUUGGCUAAACAAGCGAGGGAAGACUACAAGAGGCUAUCCCAAAGAGGAAGGAGUGGAGAGGGGGCGCAGAGUGCCCAGGCUGGCCCACAGAAGCCCAGACGACCUCCCCUUCCGCCCAAGCCCCAGUUCCUGCACCCACCUCAGAAGCCUUUGGGAAAUCAGGGUGUGACAAGGGCAGCAUCAAGCUCUGCCCAGGAGGACAUCAUCCAGUGGUUCAGAGAGGAGCAGCUCCCCUUCCGAGCAGGUUAUCAGAAAAACUCUGACACCAUCGCGCCUUGGUUCCACGGCAUUCUCACACUGAAGAGAGCAAACGAACUUCUGAGCACGGGUGUGCCAGGCAGUUUUCUGAUUCGAGUCAGUGAGAGGAUCAAGGGCUACGCCCUGUCUUACCUGUCGGAGGAGGGCUGCAAGCAUUUCCUCAUAGAUGCCUCCUCCGACUCCUACAGCUUCCUGGGCGUGGACCAGCUGCAGCAUGCCAGCCUGGCUGAUUUGGUGGAGUAUCACCAGGAGGAGCCCAUCACUUCCCUGGGGAAGGAACUCUUGCUCUACCCCUGUGGUCAGCAAGACCAGCCACCUGACUACCUGGAGCUCUUUGAGUGACAGCUCCCUCCCGGGUCGCCGUGCAACCGCCAGCUGGUCUCUCCUCUGCAUAGACGCCACGGAGAUGAACGUGUGUGUGCGUGAUGCCAAAACCGCCCCACAUCACAGUCAGUCCUGAUGAAUGGCUGUGUCCACGGGGUCCUUGUGGAAAUCUCUCUUCUCUACAAUCACUAGAGUUUAAUUCAAGGGACUACAACCUCUUUCUCAUCAUCACUCCAAAAGGAAAGGGGAAGAGUGGCCAUUGCAGCUUCCAAACAUGAAGGAUAUGACCUUGAAGGAUAGGACUUUAAUGUACGUACGACAAAAUGAACAAAGAAACUGAACCGUUUGGGGAAAUGUCUUUUACUGAAUCAAUAGCUUUUGUGACCUAAGUUUUGGCCUGCGUGCCUGCUUUGUGUGACCUCCGGAGGUCUCAGGGGUGAGCUUCUCCUUGGCUUUGUCGUGUGGGGAAAUGUCCUCACUGAGAGUUUGCUCAUCCGUGCACCAUCUCCCCUUCUCUCGGUGUUGGAGACAGAAAAACAGAGGUUACAUGUGUACGUUGUAAAGGGAAAGUUUGUCCAUGAAGGAGGAGAAGCCCAAACUGUGCGGAACUAUGUAUUUGGACUCUAGGGA